GGACAAGUUACUGAGUUGAAUUAGACAUUUCAGUCAGUGUAAGCUGUGGGCAAAUGUGGAUGCUACGAUACAACUGAGGUAGUGAGGGCUCCGCUUCAGACGGCUUAUAACCAUUUUCUUGUUUUUCUAACAAAUAUCAGGUAUUGCUGCUCCGUGCUCCGCAGGGGCCAAUCCUGAGCGACUUACCACCAGCUCAGGGAUGUUCAAGCUGGAGAUUGAACUCAAGAGAGGCCACAACCUGGCCGUACGAGACCGAGGCGGCAGCAGUGAUCCAUAUGUCAAGAUCAAACUCGGUAAUAAAGAUGUGUUCAGGAGCAAAACCAUCCACAAAAACCUCAACCCAUUGUGGGAUGAGAGGACGACUGUAAUAAUGGAUAGUCUGAGUGAACCUUUGCAUGUCAAGGUGUUUGACUAUGACUUUGCCUUUCAAGAUGACUUCAUGGGUUCAGCUUACCUCAACGUGGAGUCUCUGGAGCAGCAGAGGUCGAUACCUGUAACUCUGGUGCUGAAGGACCCACAGUAUCCCGAUCAGGAUCUGGGCACCGUGGAGCUCGCUGUCACCCUGACGCCUAAAGAAAGUCCCAUAGAGGAGCGACGAGACUCAAUGCAGCAGCAGUCAAUGCGUCUCUCAGAGAUGCAUCGGAAAUCACAACUCUGGCGAGGGAUUGUCAGCAUUUCGUUAAUCGAAGGUCGUAACCUGACUCCCAUGGACCCCAAUGGCCUGAGUGACCCAUACGUCAAGUUCAGACUGGGGCACCAGAAGUACAGGAGCAAGUGUGUGCCAAAGACCCUGAGUCCACAGUGGAGGGAGAAGUUUGAUAUGCAUCUGUUUGACGAAAAAGGAGGAGUGUUGGAGAUCACUGUGUGGGACAAGGACACCGGCAGGAGAGAUGACUUCAUUGGACGCUGCCAGCUGGACCUCUCUGCUCUGGCUAAAGAACAAACCCAUCACCUGGAGGUGCCGCUGGAAGAGUCCCGGGGCCACAUUGUGCUGCUGGUCACGCUUACCGCCUCGGCCCACGUCUCCAUCUCUGACUUGUCCGUCGCACCGCUGGACGAUCCACAGGAACACAGGGAGAUUCUCGAACGAUACGGUUUGCGGCAGUCGUUCUCUAACUUAAAAGAUGUGGGUAUAGUGCAGAUCAAGGUGAUGAGAGCAGAAGGUCUCAUGGCUGCAGAUGUAACUGGUAAGAGUGACCCUUUCUGUGUGCUGGAGCUGAAUAACGACAGACUUCAGACACACACUGUUUACAAGAACCUAAAUCCAGAGUGGAAUAAAGUCUUCACCUUUAAUGUGAAAGACAUUCACUCAUUGUUGGAGCUGACAGUGUUUGAUGAGGACAGAGACAGGAGCGCUGACUUCCUGGGAAAAGUUGCCAUUCCCUUAUUGCAUAUACGAAACGGUGAGCAGAAGAGCUACACAUUAAAGAAUAAGGAGCUGACGGGUCCAACCAAAGGAGUCAUCUACCUAGUGAUCGAUGUCGUCUACAACACUGUCAAAGCUGCUUUGAAGACUGUGGUCCCUGCAGAACCGAAAUAUAUCGAGGAAGAACCAAAAGUCUCCAAACAGUUGCUCCAGCAGAAUUUCAAUCGCGUCAAGCGGUUCAUCAUGGUCCUGAUCAGCUACGGGACGUACAUCAACAGCUGCUUCGAGUGGGAGUCUGCACCAAGGAGCAUCAUCUCCUUUUUGCUAUUUGUGGUGGUUGUGUGGAACUUUGAGCUCUACAUGGUGCCACUGGCCUUGCUGCUGCUGCUGGUCUGGAACUACAUCUUCUCCUCAAGCAGGGAAACAGGCGACAUGUCAAUGGAGGCCAUGUUUGAAUGGGAGGAUGAAGAGGAGGAUAAAGAAGACAAGGACUCAGAGCCCAAGGGCUUCAUGGAUAAACUAUAUGCCAUCCAGGACGUGUUCAUCAGUGUGCAGAAUGCUCUGGAUGAGGCGGCGUCUUAUGGAGAGAGGAUAAAGAACACUUUUAACUGGACAGUGCCUUUUCUAAGCUGGUUGGCGAUCACUGCCUUUUGUUUGGCCACAGUUCUUCUCUACCUCCUACCUCUUCGAUACCUUGUGCUCGCAUGGGGUGUGAAUAAAUUCACCAAGAAGCUUCGUAAUCCGUACUUGAUUGACAACAAUGAGGUUCUUGACUUUCUCUCCAGAGUCCCCUCCGAUGUUCAAGUGAUGCAGUAUCGUGAGCUAAGGGUCGACCCUGGACAAAGCCCCAACAAACGUAGGAGGACCAAUCUGAGCUAACCGUCACAUCCACGUAGCAUCUGUCCCCCUCUCUGCUGGAAAACUCCCCUGUAAACAGUGUAAACUAUGUUAUUUACAUAUCUCUUAUAUAUUUUGAUGAUGAAAAAUGUUGUUAUGUUUUGUUAUUGUGGAGAGUCACUGAUUUGUUUUUUAAGUUUUGAUCUAAGUCUUGAAGAGAGAUGCUUCUGAGAAAAGCAGGCAUGUUUUUUAAUUUGUUGUAAUAAUAUAAACCUGACGUUAUGUGUGGUAAUAAUUUAUGUUAUGAAUAUACAUGUGCAUAUAUGAAGAUUUGCUGCUGUUGCAUGGAAUCAAUGCAUCUCAGGUUUAAGUAGUUUUUUUACCUUUUGUCUUUUUAACUCUAUUUAUUGUUCAGUGUUAUUUUAAAAACAGAGCUGCAUGUUAUAACUGCCACUGUUAUUCCAUUUAUGACAGUAUAUACGCAUAAACCCAUAUAUUUCACUCAGUAAAUAAUUCCUCAUAUGAAACACAAGGUCUGAGUUGGUCAAAUCCACACAACAACAUUGAUCGUAAACGUGCAAACUGAAAAUUAUCCCUGUCAGCAGGAUUUCGUGCUAACUUUGCCCAUUUAACCCAAAAACUGUAACAUCAUUUUCUUGAAGGUGAUUAUGCAGUGAAAGGGACAUUCUACAAUUUUUUAGGUUCCAGUUUAGGAGUGCUACUCUGCGAUUUAAAACCCUUCUCUCUUUUGGGUCAGGCAGCUCCAUCGACAGCUGUGAGAUCACAUGAUGCAAAAUAACUCAAAGUCACUCAAGUGUUGUACUUAUGUGCAAAUUUAAAGUACUUGUAAUGAGUGUUUCCAUUUAGACCACUAGCAGAUUCAGAUUAAUAAUGCCAAAUAUAUAUAUAUAUAAAAACAGAGAAAUUAUGGUGUAUUUUUGUAUUAUGCUGGGUUAAGAUGAAGCUUGACUAAUCCCCCUAUUUGACCCACUUUUAACAGCUGCAACAUUAAGGUAACAAUAGUAAAAAUACAUUAUUCUGAAAUGGCAUUUUCCCAUUCACCCAUUAACACCCACAUUAAUACAGUGCAUCCAUGUACACAUCUCUCACACUGCUGGCACAGCGGGCACGGUACUGUGACUCACUCCUGAGUCAAGGUUGCUUCAACAUAAAAUAAUAACAAAUUUCAGCAAACGUCUUCCAUUACAACCCAGACCAGAUUGCUAUGCACAUACAAGGAUUGGAGCCCAUACAGGAGUGUUUUGCAUAUAUAAGCAGUAUAACCGUAGUAAAUCAACAGGGGCUCAACAACCGCAGGGAUCAGAGUUUCAUAUUGAGUUCAGAGGAAAGUUACUAGAGCCAAUUAUGGCUUUGAUUGAUUUCCUGUUUACUGUUUUUGCAGUGAUGCACACAUCCUACCUUUCCAUCAAUGUAUAUGGUGUCAUCAUUGUUGUUUAUGUAUGAUAUAGAACUUUUCUAGUUGUUUUACAGUAGAGCAUUUUGUCAUUCAUCCAUUGACACAAAUAUUCAUAUUGUGCAUCUAUGGGUUCGGUAGGACACUUUUCUAACCUAUUGAAUUAUAUAUCUUGGUUUGAUUUGCUUUUAUGUCGACAGUUUAAAUCUUAUGUAGGAUUUAUUCAGUCAUUCAGAAAUUGUGUUUUUCCAGGAAAUAACUUCAAGAUAUAGAAUUGUGUUUAUUUUCUUUAUCAACCUUUUCUUUUUGCAUAAUUCUCACAUCUGCCACGUUAUUUUCACUUUCCAUUGUUUCCUAUUUUGCUUUGGGCCAAAUGUAUGAUUAGUGUGAUGUGUGUUGGUGUGAAGUUUUCGGGACAAUCACAACAGUUUGUGUCAGGUGAGUUCCCAUCCGGACGGUUUUUGGAAUUGAUCUCCUGCAUGUCUGUGUACGCUGUCAUUCGUGUGUGUCAAAGUGUUUAUGCAUGACCAAACAGAAACUAUAUGCAAGUGCAUUUAUGGAUGCUGAAUGUGAAGUGCAUCUAAUAUGUGUGUUGCUUGUAUGUGACGUCCAGGUCCACCUGAGCUUCCAGGUGAGGAGAGAGGAAGCGUUGUUAAAUCGUAUGUGCUGUUUCCUCUCUCCAACAAAUCCUCUCUCCUGCCAUGUUGCACACACUAUGUUUACAAUGGGUAUCUGCUGCUGUUGACGAUUUACUGGGAUUGUAAUGAAGGACCAGCUGUAAGAACUGUGUAGCAUUUAUCUCAGAAAAUAUAUUUCUACACAUCAA